GUGUAUCAUCAAUGUUACUUCAUUUUUAACAAAUGUCAAGUACUGUUUAAUAUAGUUUCGACGUAUUUUAAUAAUGAAUAGGUUUGAGUAUGCUGACAGUCGUCUAAUAUCAGUUGAAACUUAUAUAACGCGUGAAAGGAAUGUACGAUUAUACGAUGGGGAUAUGAAGACCACUUUUGAGGGAGGAGAAGUAAUCUUGACUAGCCACAGGCUUCUCUGGGGAAGACCAGAAGACAUUUCACAAAGACGCAUGUGCCUGUCGUUACCUUUACGAUACAUUAUUUUCUUUGAGGAAGAGAAUCCUGGACCGUUUUCCUUUAGUCGGAGCAAGAAAGUGAUAUUGCAUCUCUUAGAUGAUAUUUUAGAUAAAAUGCCAGGACCUGCUGCUUAUAGUUCAAAUAACUAUAUCAAGUUGUCGUUCAAGGAAGGUUUGAACUCGCCGUUUCUUACACAUUUAAGCGAUGCUUUGACAAACAAGGCUUGGGAACGAGUCCCCUUGCUCGCAAACACAAACUGUACACAAAAUGAACCUGGAAAUUCAAAACCACUUCCAGUAAUUAAAACUCGAACAGGAAUCAUAGGAAUUGAACGAAGCCUCCAAGAAAAGCAAAAGGCAACUGACGAAAGUAUAUCAAUGGCUUUUCAAGAUUUGAGAAAACUUAUGGAAAUGGCGAAGGACAUGGUUUCCAUUUCUAAGACUAUUUCUUUGAAAAUAAGAGAAAAGCAAGGUGACAUUACAGAAGAUGAAACUGUGAGAUUUAAGUCUUAUCUGAUGAGUUUAGGUAUCGAUGAUCCUGUAACAAGAGAUGCAUACAAAAGCAAUAAUGAAUAUUUUAGACAGUUGGCUAAACAGCUUGCUAAAAUCUUGGAAGAUCCAAUCAGAGAAAUUGGAGGUAUAAUGGCAUUAACGGACGUAUACUGUAGAGUAAAUAGAGCACGAGGUAUGGAGCUCUUGUCACCGGAGGAUUUAUUAAAUGCCUGCAGACAAUUGGCACCUUUAGAUUUACCAAUAGUUUUAAGAGUAUUUGAUAGUGGAGUGAUGGUUUUGCAAGCACGAUCUCAUGAUGAUAGUGUUGUCAUAGAGUCUGUAGCUGAAUUGUUGAGAGAAAAAGGUUCUAUAACAGCGGAAGAACUUGCACAGUCAGCAGGUAUAUCUAUUCUAUUGGCCCGGGAGAGGUUAGCGGUGACAGAGAAAUAUGGGAAAGCAUGCAGAGAUGAUUCUAUAGAAGCUUUAAGAUUUUAUCCGAAUCGGUUCUUGGAAGAAGAUGGAUGAGAGGUUUAAAGAAAGGUGCAGCGUCAAUGUGCUACGGAAUAUUUGCCUACAUGGGAUACCAUGCAAAUUAUUUCACAUGCUACUUACAAUGUGUUGUUUUAGGGGUGUAUGUAUAUUUUUUGUGCUUUUAUGCACUGUUUAAAUUGUAAAUGAAAGUGUACUGUGUACAGUAUUAAUAUUACAUCUAUUUUGCCAAAA